AUGGAUAAGUCUUGGAUUGGAAUGCCAAGAAACACAUCGGAGUAUUUGCUUGGUUUGAAUCAAUUUCUAGAUUUUGCAUUUAACAAUGGAGCUAUAGGAGAUAAAAUUAAAUGUCCAUGUCCUAAAUGUGGUUUUGGAAAGUGGCAAACUAGAAAUAUAGUGUUUGACCAUUUGAUCAACAAGCCGUUCCCAAAGAAUUAUGUCACUUGGGUUAUGCAUGGAGAAAUGAAUGUGUUUCCUAAUUCGAGAAACAUAGAGACCACUCAGGCUACACCACCCAUUGAAAAUCCAAUAGAAUUAUUGGUUAAUGAAGCAUUCGGGGGCUUAAGGCAUGAGGGUGUUGAUGUAGGUCCAUCACCGGUAGUGGAAGAAGAAGAAACAUUACAUGAUACGCCUGCUUUAAAUAAGAAAAAUUUAUUUGAGUUGCUUAAAGAUGGAAGUCAAGAAUUGUAUGAAGGCUCCAAGUACUCAAAGUUGGAAUUUUUGUUAAAGCUUUAUCACAUUAAGUGUUUGUCUGGAUUAAGUGAUAAGGGAAUGACUAUGAUCCUAGAUCUACUUCGGGAUGCAUUUAAAUUUGCAAAGAUCCCUGAUUCUUUUUAUGAGGCCAAGAAAACCAUAAAUAAGUUGAGUCUUGAUUAUAUCAAAAUAGAUGCUUGUCCAAAUGAUUGCAUGUUGUAUUGGGAAGAUGAUGUUAACGCCGAGACAUGUAAGUAUUGUCACACUUCUAGAUGGAAGCCAGAGAAGAAGAGCAAUACAGAUCAUACACCGACCACAAGUAAGAAGAAAAAGAAGAAGCAAAAGAAGAACCCUGCAAAAAUUUUGCGAUACUUUCCCUUAAAACCAAGAUUGCAAAGAUUGUUCAUGUGUUCUAAAAUUGCAGAGCAUAUGAGAUGGCAUGCAAAGGAUGAUAACAAAGAUGGAACCCUACGACAUCCUAGAGAUGGUGAGGCGUGGAAGAAGUUUGAUACAACUUUUCCUGAAUUUUCUUCUGAUCCUCGAAAUGUCCGAUUAGGCCUAGCUAGUGAUGGUUUCAAUCCUUUUGGGACAAUGAGUACUAGUCAUAGCAUUUGGCCUGUUAUUUUGGUUCCAUACAACCUUCCUCCAUGGUUGUGUAUGAAACAACCAAAUUUUAUCCUCUCAAUGAUUAUUCCAGGUCCACGUGCACCAGGAAAUAACAUAGAUGUAUACCUCCAACCCCUUAUUAAGGAGUUGAAAGAGUUGUGGAGUGAUGGUGUUGACACUUUUGACUCAUCAAAGAAUGAAAUGUUUAGAAUGCGAGCGGCUCUUAUGUGGACAGUUAGUGACUUUCCUGGACUUGAUAGCUUAUCUGGUUGGAACACACAUACUGGUCUUGCAUGUCCCUCGUGUAAUUUUGACGCAGAACCUUGUCGACUUCCUCAUAGUAGAAAGUGGUGUUUUAUUGGCCAUCGUCGAUUUUUGUCUAGAAAUCACAAAUUUAGAAUGAUGAGGCAUCGUUUUGAUGGAACCGUGGAAGAGAGGACCCCUCCAAAGAAGUUAUCAGGAUCAGAUAUUUUUCAACAAGUGAGAGAUAUCAAUGUCACAUUUGGAAGACCAGCAGAGUUGAAUCGUAAAAGAAAACGAAACAAGCAAAGAAAUGAUGAUGAAGGUGGAACUCAACAAUGGAGAAAAAAAAGCAUCUUCUUUGAUCUUCCAUAUUGGGAGUCUAAUUUGUUGCGCCACAAUUUAGAUGUUAUGCAUAUUGAAAAGAAUGUGUUUGACAACAUCAUAUAUACCUUGCUAAAUGAUAAAGAAAAAUCAAAGGAUCAUAUUAAGGCUCGAAAAGAUCUACAAGACAUGGGUAUAUGGCGCGAUCUAUGGCCGGAUGAGAAUGGUGAAUGUCGGCUUGGUGCAUUUACAAUUCCAAAGAAGAAGAAAUUGGCCUUCCUCAAGACUUUAAAGAAUAUCUUAGUGCCAGAUGGUUAUGCAAGUAAUAUAUCUCGUUGCAUUGAUUUGGAUAAAAAAAGAAUAUUUGGAUUAAAGAGUCAUGAUUGUCAUAUCCUCAUGCAACAGUUGUUACCGAUAGCAAUUCGCAAUGUUCUUCCAAAUCAGGUCGUUGCAACUCUGGUAGAGUUUUCUUCCUUUUUUAGGCAGCUUUGUAUGAAGAUCUUAACCAUCUCUGACCUAGAAAAGCUACAAAAUCGAAUUGUAGAAACCUUGAGUCAUCUAGAGAUAUUGUUUCCCCCUUCAUUUUUUACUGUAAUGAUUCAUCUGACUGUCCAUCUAGUUGAUGAAGUAAAACAAGGUGGGCCUGUACAUUAUCGCUGGAUGUAUUUUGUUGAAAGUGAAUUCAGACAGCACAUCAAAAGAAGUACAAAGGGUCGAAGAGUUUCAACAACAGAGGUAGAGAAGAGAGUUAGUAAAGAGUUUCCUGAUUGGUUUCCUAAGCGAAUUAUCAACCCAGAUAUCGCAGAAACUAUCUCUGAUGAUAUGAAGUUUUUAGCACAAGGUCCUGCACAAGAUGCAAGAAGAUUUAGUGCUUAUAACAUUAAUGGGUUCAAAUUUCGAACUUUAUCUAGAGAACAAGGAUCAAAAACUCAAAAUAGUGGAGUUUUUCUUAUCUCUGACACUUCUUGUAUUGCGUCUAGUGUAGAUAGCUGUGCAAGACAUGCGGACCUGCCAUAUUAUGGAAAGUUAGAAGAGAUUAUCGAGCUUAAUUAUUAUGGCAAGUUCAAAGUUAUUCUUUUCAAGUGUCUAUGGGCUGAUACUACUCGAAAUAGAGGGUACAAAACAGAUGCUUGGAAGUUUAACUGUGUCAAUUUUUCUAAAUUGAUUCACACUGGUGAUCGCGAGGAUCAUGAUCCAUAUAUUGAAGCAUCACAAGCAAAUAUGGUCUACUAUGUUGAUGAUGAGACUGAUAAAGAAUGGAGUGUCGUUGUACAUCUAAAGCCAAGAGAUUUGUUUGAAAUGGGAGAGGUUGAUGAAGAGGAUCUUUUCAGAUUUUUGGUUGUUGUUUUUUUAGUUUCAGAUUUUUGGUUGUUGUUUUUUAGUUUCAGAUUUUUGGUUGCUGUUUUUGCAGUUUUUAGCUACUAUUUUGUUGCUUUUAGAUUUUUAGUUGCUGUUUUUUUAGUUUCAGGGGAUUAA